GGUGCCGGUCCUGGGGCUUGAACUCAGGGCCCGGGCGCUGGCUGUCCUCUGAGCUUUAUCACUCACGGCGAGGGCUCCACCCCUUGCGCCACAGCUCCAUUUCCAGCUUUUUUUUUUUUUUUCCCCCCUCCUGGUUAACCGGAGAGGAGACGUUCCUGCCCCAGGCUGGCUUUGAACCGCCAUCCUCCAGAUCUCGGCCCCCGGGAGGGGCGAGGAGGCCAGGCAGGAGCGGGCAGGGGCUGCCACUCCUCACUGUGCUUGCGGUUCCAGGCUCGGGAUGCGCAUCGCGGUGGGGCACGUGUCGCCCACGGGCGCCGUGGUGUCCUGGGCGCCGUCGGAGCCCUGUCUGGAGGACCACUACCGCGUCGUGUACAGGCCCAACUGGAACAGCCUCUUCUCCGGCUACCUCCGCUCCGGCUUCCACCGCGAGGAGAGGGUGCCGCGGGCGCUCAGCUCCGUGGCGCUGGAGCGCCUGGCCCCGUCCACCCUCUACUUCCUCUGCGUCGGCUGCCGGAGGGCCGCCCUGCCGGACCGCCGCGACUGCACCGUGUUCCACACGCUGGACGAGAGCCCGCCGGCGGCCCGCGGCGCCCUGGCGGACCCCCAGCUCUCCCUGUGGGUGCUGCUGGCCAUCCUGCUGGCCUGCUUCGCCGCCGUGCUGGCCUUCAUCUGCCUGCAGUUCUGGUGCAUCCGCUGCCACGAGCCCCGCUGGUCCUACCGGGCCGGCCACGCGGAGGAGGCCAACGGGCUGGUGCCGUGGCCGGGCCGCGGGGGGGAGGGGGAGCUGCCGGGGCUGCCCCUCGUGGAGCUGCCCCGCCAGGGCUCCGGAGCCGGCGCUGAGGCCCGGGGGGGCGGGGGGCGCCCCGCCAUGCUUCCUCCAGGCAGGGAGUGA